GAGAUCACCCGCCUGGACCCGAAGUACAUGAUCGAGAUGGCCGAGUCACGUGGUCUGUUCGGCUCGAAGGGUGGCGCAGGAGAGGGGGGUGAGGGUGGAAACGCAGCUCGCCGCAGGGAGCAGAGACGCAAGGCGGCUGCGGCUCAGCGAUUGCAGCGCUCUCGCUCCGACUCGGCUGAUCCCAGCAGCAAAUCCAAGAUUAAAGUGGAACUGGACCGCAUAGCCGCGCCGACGCACGCGUCAAUGGUGCGCGACGUUCGUUUGCCGAGUGGAGCGAGUCUGGAGUGUGCACGCCACAAACUGCACUUGAGUGGUCCUCGACCACGCAGCGAUUCACGGGCCCGUGUCUGGUGGACUCAACUAGCUGAUCACGUGCUGGAUCUCAUCAGAGAUCACGCGACCUGUCUGCGGACAGUCUGCCGACUGAUCUGCCGCGUCUGCGCCUCAGGCGGUCACGUCUGCGGCCCCUAG